GCCCCCGGCUCGCCGCGACUCCCGGGAUGCGCGGAGGCGGCGGCGAUGGCGAUGAUGCCUCUAGCCCUGCAUCAUCUCGUGCGGCGGGCGGAGCUGGUGUCGGGGCUGCGAGAUGGAGGAGGAGGGGCGGCGCUGCGGCCACCUGGCAGGCUUUUCUGCCUUGGGCCUCUUUUGUCAGAUAUUGCUCAUCCACACGGCCACCUUGGUGACCUGCACCUUUUUACUUGCAAUCAUCUUCUGCCUGGGCUCUUACGGCAACUUCAUUGUCUUCUUGUCCUUCUUUGAUCCAGCCUUUAGGAAAUUCAGAACCAACUUUGAUUUCAUGAUCCUGAACCUGUCCUUCUGCGACCUUUUCAUUUGUUGUGUGACGGCCCCCAUGUUCACCUUCGUGUUGUUCUUCAGCUCGGCCAGUGGCAUACCAGAUGCUUUCUGUUUCACCUUCCAUCUCACCAGUUCAGGCUUCAUCAUCAUGUCUCUCAAGACGGUGGCGGUGAUCGCCCUGCACCGGCUCCGCAUGGUAUUGGGGAAGCAGCCAAACCGCACAGCCUCCUUUCCGUGUACCCUGCUCCUCACUUUGCUCCUCUGGGCCACCAGCUUUACCCUCGCCACCUUGGCCACCCUGAAAACCAGCAAGUCUCACCUCUGCCUUCCCAUGUCCAGUCUGAUUGCCAGAGAAGGGAAAGCCAUCCUGUCUCUCUACGUGGUCGACUUCACCUUUUGUGUUGCCGUGGUCUCUGUGUCUUACAUCAUGAUUGCUCAGACCCUGCGGAAAAACGCUCACGUCAGAAAGUGUCCUCCAGUCAUCACAGUGGAUGCUUCCAGACCACAGCCUUUCAUGGGGGCCUCCGGGAAGGGAGGUGGAGAUCCCAUUCAGUGUACCAUGCCGGCCCUGUAUAGGAACCAGAAUUAUAACAAACUGCAGCACGUCCAGACUCAUGGAUACACCAAGAGCCCCAACCAGCUGCCCACCCCUGUGGCCAGCCGGCUCCAGCUGGUGUCUGCUGUCAAUCUCUCCACAGCGAAGGACUCCAAAGCGGUGGUCACCUGUGUGAUCAUUGUGCUAUCCGUCCUGGUGUGCUGUCUUCCACUGGGGAUUUCCUUGGUGCAGGUGGUUCUGUCCAGCAACGGGAGCUUCAUCCUUUACCAGUUUGAACUGUUUGGUUUUACCCUUAUAUUUUUCAAGUCAGGAUUAAACCCUUUUAUAUAUUCUCGGAACAGCGCAGGGCUAAGAAGGAAAGUGCUCUGGUGCCUCCAAUACAUAGGCCUAAGUUUUUUCUGCUGCAAACAGAAGACUCGACUUCGAGCCAUGGGAAAAGGGAAUCUCGAAGUCAACAGAAACAAAUCCUCCCAUCAUGAAACAAACUCUGCCUAUAUGUUGUCCCCAAAGCCCCAGAAGAAAUUUGUGGACCAGGCUUGUGGCCCAAGUCAUUCCAAGGAAAGCGUGGUCAGUCCCAGGAUGUCUGCUGGACAGCAACACUAUGGUCAGAGCAGCUCCACCCCCAUCAACACUCGGAUUGAACCGUACUACAGUAUCUAUAACAGUAGCCCGUCCCAGGAAGAGAGCAUCCCACACAACUUACAGCCAGUAAACUCUUUCGGAUUUGCCACUUCAUACAUUGCCAUGCAUUAUCACACCACUAACGAUCUAAUGCAAGAAUAUGACAGCACUUCAGCCAAGCAGAUUCCAGUCCCCUCCGUUUAGAGUUGUGGAGGCUGGAGAAUCUUAUGUAAACUGUUUUUGUUUCUGAUACUCACUGAUUUUUAAAAAAUUUUGUGAGAGCAGUGGUACAUCAAAACUUAAAGACCUAGACAGUUGACACUUAGGAUUUUCUUUUGUCUCAAGUAUUAGCAUCUUUUGACUUGCUCUGUGGUUUCUUGACACUUUAAGAGUUGGUAUAAAUGUUUAUUAGAUUUUUUUUACCCUGACCUGUGCUCCAACCUUUUGAACUAAACUUUUAAACAGAUGCCAAGAAAUGAUCAUGCUACUCUACUAAAGUAGGGAACGAAGUGAUUAUGAUCAUUUGAGUCAAUGCUAUCUAUGGGUGUCUGGAGUAAAUAUGAGCUGGAUUUUGUUUUUUUUGUUUUUGGGGUUUUUUUUUUUUUGGUCUUUUUAGGGCCACACCCACGGCAUAUGGAGGUUCCCAGGCUAGGGGUCAAAUCAGAGCUGUAGCUGCUGGCCUACACCACAGCCACAGCAACGCCAGGUCCAAGCCACUUCUGUGACCUACAUCACUACUCAUGGCAACACUAGAUCCUUAACCCACUGAGCGAGGCCAGGGGAUCAAACCUGCAUCCUCAUGAUGCCAGUCAGGUUUGUUUCCGUUGAGCCAUGAUGGGAACUCCUGGAUUUUUUAAAGAAUGUGAAGGUAUCAUCUUUACUGAGGCAUUAUUUUCAUUGAAUUAUAAAUUUUGAUUCUUUGACGUGUUAAAAUGGGGAUCAGCAUACUUUUUUUGAUAGCAGGUUUACUGAAAUAAAUUAUAUAUUGUUAAAGCAGGAAUCAGAAAUGUAUUAUCUGUAACUAUCCUUACCAAAAAUACACAGGCAUUAGGUACUUUCUUUUCAUAAGACAGUCAACUACAAAUAGAGUAUUACAAUUAUUAUUCCUUCUUAUUAAGGAAGUAUGCUUUCCCAUGUUGUUCCCAAAUACAGAAGACAUGAGAGGCAUGGAGAAGACAGCUGAUAUUUAGCUAGCCCUCUGCUCAGCCUCAUCUAACAACUCUUACCUUCCAGUAUUAAUCAAUCAUUUCUAUUUCUGAGGUUUAAGAAUUCUUAUUAUAGACAUUAUUUUUUGUCAGUUGAGUAGCUAUAUAGUUCUGUUAAAAAAUAAAUCUUUUUGCUUGCUAAAAAUGAAAUAUUCUAUUUCAGAAUGAUCUUACCCAAGAAACUAGCGAAGACUGUAUCUGUAGUAGAGGAAUACUCUUCCUGGGAGAGUAGGCGCUAACUGUGGUCAUCCCAUCAGGGUGCUGUGGUGUGAGAGGCAGGCUAGACGGUUGUGUGUGUUAGAUGAUUAUCUGUUGCCUAAGACAGCAUAAGAAUGAGAUAGAGGGUGUUUCGAUGUAUGCUUCCCUUCUGUGUGAGAAUGGUUUGUUAACAGCCUGAGAGCUUCUAAGGAAGUAUUUAGAAUUUUUUUGGGGGGAGGUCUUUGUUUAUAUAUCACUACAAUAGAAAAGUUCUUAAGAUGAUCUACUUUCAAACUAAUUGUGUUAUUUCUCUCCCAUGAAUCUUAAACAGAAAGUGGGCAAUAAGGUAAAAUAGAUUAAGUAUUUCUAUACUUAAAACUAAUUUUAUUACACACUCUGUGAUUCCUAGCGUAACAACUGUAAACUUAUAUUUUUAUGUAAAAAUGUUUUCAUUGUACAGUUAGCAUUUGAACUAAAUACAAUUUUGGAACUGUAACUUCUAGACUAGAUGAGCAUCAAGAUACAAAACCCAUCUUUAUAAAUUAUUAUAUUCAAGAGCUGUUCGUGCCGAUUGGAAGGCAUUUCAUCCAUUUGGAUGAAAGGUGUUCACUUAAUAGUAUGCUUUCCCAUGUUGUUCCCAAAUACAGAGGACAUGAGAGGCAUGGAGAAGACAGCUGAUACUUAGCUAGCCCUCUGCUCAGCCUCAUCUAACAACUCUUACCUUCCAGUAUUAAUCAAUCAUUUCUAUUUCUGAGGUUUAAGAAUAAGAUAGGGAUAUAAUUUUGUUUUUAAAUCCACCUUUUAGGACUCCCUCCCUUCCUCCUCUCCCUUUUGUCCUUUAGUUUUGCUAAUAAAUUUUAUAAUGGAAGAAAAAAUGCACAUCUCCUUUUUUUUGGUAACUGAAUGCCCUUUUUGAAGUCACUAUGACCUAAUUUCAGUUGUUUUUAUAUUUUUAAUGUAACACAGUUUUCAUUUAUUGAUACUUCCAUGAGGUAGGUUCACAUAUUACAUGUUUUUAACAAAGAAUUAAGAAAUCUAAUAUCCUUUCCCACAAGAUUGUUUGAAGAAUUGUGUCAAAUUAGGAACUAAACUUUUGUCUAAAUUCAGAGCCUUCUAUUUAUUUCAAUAAGCCAGACAGCUUUAUAAGUAAUAACAUUAAUUGGGAAGCUCUUUCACACUUUUUAAGGUAUGAAUCUCUUUUUUGGCAGGCAUUUCAAAUGUGACUCAAUACAAGAUGUUUUUUAAAAUUUUCUACUUGUAAAACUAAAAAUGACAGGUUUCCUGUGUGACCUUCAGUUUGAGAUGAUUUGACCCACCUUUGGGAGCUAAAAAUCAUAGCAUAAAGAAAACUAAGCAUGUGCAUAUGAGGUAUUCAGUCUCUUUAUGCUCAUCAAGAUGUUACUGAUUUAACUUGCAUGAAAUAUAUAGUGGGCUAGAUUCUUAGCCUUCCUCUAUCUCUAUAUUGCUAUAUCUUUAUGAUGGUAUAUGUAGAUACAGCUAUAGAGAUAGAUAUAUAUAUAUAUAAUUUGUCUCUUCUAAGUUACAUAUGUCUAUCUAUACCUCUAUCUAGAUAUCUGGAGAUAGAGAUAGACAUAUAUAACUUCUCCAUAAGGGCUAAAAUGAGAACUUUUAUAAAAGUAAUGAGAAUUCAAUUGAAUAUGACUAAUUAGCAGGGUAUUUUCAUUAGUUCUCUUGAUGCUUUACUGUGAUGCAAAAUACAUGAUGUAUUUAAACAUUUUAUAAUUGUUCUGAUGUUAACCAUUAGGCCAGAUUUGUAUUUCUGAUGCUUUUAAUGUUCUUUUAAACUAAUGUUUGGAAAAUAAAAAUAUUGAAAACCCUAACAUUUCUGAGCAGCAAACUGCAA